AUGGACUGUAAAGGAGAUAUGGCAACUUUAAAAUAUAUAGAAGACAUAUUAGACCGAGAAAAGCCAAAUCUCGUUGUGUUUUCUGGAGACAAUAUUAAUGGAGAUGGUGUGAGUGAUGCAAGGGCAGCUACAUUUAAAUUUGCUGAGCCUGUUAUACAACGUAAAAUUCCUUGGGCAGUUAUAUUUGGUACUAAUGAUGACAAAAAUGAUUUAUCUAGAGAAGAAUUGAUUGAAGUCAUGAGACGAAUGCCCUAUUCUUUAACUGAAUAUGGACCAUUUGAUAUUCCUGGCGUAGGAAAUUAUAUUGUAAAAGUGUAUUCAAACAAUACAAAAACAGCUGCUCAUGACUUUACAAUUUAUUUUUUGGACUCACAUGCAUAUUCAGACGAUGGAAAUGAAGAUGAAUAUGAUUAUAUUAAACCAGAUCAACUUAAUUGGGUUGUUCAAUCUGCUUCUACUUUUAAAAAUCUAUCAUCAAAGCCUAACGCUAUGGCGUUUUUUCAUAUUCCUAUUUGGGAAUAUCAUGAAGAAGACAUUGACGUUAAUAAUAAAAGGAUAGCAAAAUUAGGUGAUGCUCGCGAAAAAGUAUCUAGUCCUAAAAAAAACAAAAUCUCUGCAUUACAAGCAUUUAAAACAGGUGAUAUUAAAGUAACGUCUUGCGGUCAUAAUCAUGUGAAUGACUAUUGUUUAGAAAGAGAAAAUAUACAAUUAUGUUAUGGCGGAGGGGCAGGUGUAGGUGGAUAUGGUGCUGAACAUUUAGGAUGGCCAAGACGAGCACGCGUAUUUAAAAUUAGGAAUUAUGGAAAUAUUAUAGAAACCUGGAAGCGACAAUUUACUAAUAAUCUACCUCUAUUUCAUUUUCAAACUUUGUAUACUUCUUCAGAAGAUUAAAAAUGUUAUAAUUUUAUAUAUAAAAA